AGGCAAAAUGGCGUCAUUUCACCACAAAACUUUGCGUCGUUGAAAGAGAGUACAUAAUUUUUGUCGUGUAGAUUUUCUGCUAAUUUUUUUAAAUAAAAUGUCUCAAAGAUUUGCUCCUGGCCAGCCAGGGCAAUCACCAGUGCCUGGACAGCCACGUUAUCAACCACCACCACCUCAAGCAGCCGGUAUGCGUCCAUACGCAGCUGGAACGGGUUUUCCGCAAAGAGGUUUCCCUCUGCAUCCCAGCAACCCGCAAACGGUGCAAGCUAACACAAAUUCACCUAGUGGUCCUCCACUUCAUCAGCGUGCCUCACAGCCAGGUUUUCAAAGUGGUCUUCGUGGGACAGGCAGUGGUGGGGGUAGUAAACGUUCUGCCGAAUCGCGUACUGUAAGCAGUACACAAAAUAAAAGUGAAUUUUCAGCGGCCAAAAAGAAAAAGAAGUUGGCCGAUAAGAUAUUGCCACAAAAAGUGCGUGAUCUGGUGCCGGAGUCUCAGGCCUAUAUGGAUUUGUUAACAUUCGAACGUAAAUUAGAUGCAACUAUAAUGCGAAAACGUUUAGAUAUACAGGAAGCUCUUAAACGUCCCAUGAAACAAAAACGUAAACUACGCAUUUUCAUUUCGAAUACUUUUUAUCCCAGCAAAGAACCUACAAAUGACGGUGAUGAGGGUUCGGUAGCAUCGUGGGAACUGCGCGUUGAAGGUCGUUUAUUGGAGGAUGGUAAGGGUGAUCCCAAUACGAAAAUUAAGAGGAAAUUUUCGUCAUUUUUCAAGUCACUUGUCAUUGAACUCGACAAGGAGCUCUAUGGUCCUGACAACCAUUUGGUUGAGUGGCAUCGUACACAUACGACACAAGAGACCGAUGGUUUCCAAGUUAAAAGACCUGGUGAUAGAAAUGUACGCUGCACCAUACUGCUGUUAUUAGAUUAUCAGCCAUUACAGUUUAAGCUGGACCCACGUUUGGCUCGUCUGCUGGGUGUUCAUACACAAACCCGGCCUGUAAUUAUAUCUGCGCUGUGGCAAUAUAUAAAGACUCACAAGCUACAGGAUGCCCAUGAAAGGGAAUACAUUAAUUGUGACAAGUAUUUAGAACAAAUCUUUGGUUGCCAACGCAUGAAAUUUGCGGAAAUUCCUCAACGACUAAAUCCUCUUUUACAUCCUCCAGAUCCAAUUGUAAUUAAUCAUUUCAUAGAAAGUGGGGCCGAGAAUAAACAGACAGCUUGUUACGAUAUCGAUGUGGAAGUAGAUGAUACACUUAAAACACAAAUGAAUAACUUCCUAAUGAGCACUGCCAGUCAGCAGGAAAUUCAAGGUCUUGAUGCCAAAAUUCACGAAACCGUGGAUACAAUCAAUCAAAUGAAAACGAAUCGGGAAUUCUUCCUUAGUUUUGCUAAAGAUCCUCAAACAUUCAUACAGCGUUGGAUAGUUAGUCAAACGCGAGAUUUGAAGGCUAUGACUGAUGUAGCUGGCAAUCCAGAAGAAGAACGCCGUGCUGAAUUUUAUUAUCAGCCUUGGACCCAUGAGGCCGUUUCGCGUUAUUUCUUUACGAAAGUUAAUCAGAAACGUGCUGAACUUGAACAAGCUCUGGGUAUACGAAAUGGUUAAAGGAAGUGAAAAAGUCAUUUUAUGUUCAAUCUUAACUUUCGGUUUAGUUUUUAACACAUUUAACUUAUCUGUCUCAUUUAAUUAUUUUGUGGUAUAAGUCAGAUGGACUCAUUUAAAUAUAAAACAUAAAAUUAAAGUAUAGUAUUGUAUUGCAACAAUGA